GGAGGCAGACGGCGCACUGAUCGGUGCUGCGGCUUCAGCUGAUAAUUGAAGGGAAGAGGCGCCGGGCAGGACAGAAAAGGAGCCGGAGAGCCACAGAGCGCUUUUGCAGAGGCCGCGUCGGGAUAAACUAGUGAAUGGUAGUGUCUAGAAAGGGUAUGUCCCUUCAGGAGAGAGGUGCCAAUGUCCAACCGGCCUAGUAACAGUCCAGGGGGCUCACUGCGACGUUCACAAAGGAACACUGUCGGGGCCCAACCACAAGACGACGCAGUAGGAGGAAGGUCACAUUUAGGGCAGGCAAAACAUAAGGCACAUAGCCCUUCUGAAAGUAGAAAAUCAGUAUCAAAGGCACCCAAAGUGCAGUCCAAUACUACUUCUGAACAGUCCAAGGGACAAGUUUCUAAAAGAGGCUGUACCUCAUCUGCUAUUAUAAUUCCACAACAAGAGGCUCUGGACACAGACAAUACUUUGGAGCGGCAAAAACCAGGGCAGGUGCCUAAAAAGGACAGUCCUCGAGGAGUGAAACGCAGUGCUAGCCCAGAUUACAACCAGACAAAUUCUCCUAGCCCUGCCAAAAAAACCAAAGCACUUCAGCACGCUGAUUCUUCCUCAGAUUUGGAAACAAACAAGCCACAGACUAAAUCUAAGAAAAGACACUUGCAUCAAGAGCAGGAGUCAAAGUCUUCACAAUUGCCAUCAACAAGCAAGGCUCAUACCAGAAAGGGUGGAGCUGCCAGUGGCUCCCGAAGUCAGAAACGGAAAAGGACAGAGACCUCAUCCAUUGUAAAGAGUCGUCCACCAGCUGAAUCGACUGGCAGUGAAGAGAGACCAGCAAAACCCACCAAGCUGGCUUCAAAAUCAGCGAGCUCAGCCAAAGCUGGGUGUAGCACCAUCACAGAUUCUUCCUCUUCAGCCUCCACAUCCUCCUCCUCUUCUGUUGUUGCUUCUGCCUCUUCUGCUGUUCCUCAGGGUGCCAGAGUGAAACAGGGGAAAGACCAGAGUAAGGCCAGGCGUUCCAGAUCUGCAUCCAGCCCCAGCCCACGGAGAAGUAGCCGUGAUAAAGAACAGAAUAAAAUAAGUGGCUCUUCAAAGUUUGAUUGGGCUGCUCGUUUCAGCCCCAAGGUUAGCCUGCCUAAAACAAAACUGACUCUGCCAGGCUCUUCUAAGCCAGAGGCAUCAAAACCCGGGCCUUCAGGAUUGCAGGCUAAACUAGCAAGCUUAAGAAAAUCAACAAAAAAGCGCAGUGAAUCACCACCUGCGGAGCUCCCCAGUUUAAGGCGGAGCACACGGCAAAAGACCACGGGCUCCUGUGCUAGUACCAGUCGGCGAGGCUCUGGCCUGGGCAAAAGAGGAGCAGCUGAAGCUCGCCGACAGGAGAAAAUGGCUGAUCCUGAUAACAACCAGGAUGGAGUUAAUUCUUCAGCUGCACGAGCUGAUGAGGCUCCACAAGGAGCAGCAGCUUCUAGUUCUGUUGCUGGGGCUGUGGGCAUGACUACCUCUGGUGAAAGUGAAUCGGAUGAUUCUGAGAUGGGGAGAUUGCAAGCUCUGUUGGAAGCUAGAGGUCUUCCUCCACAUCUGUUUGGUCCUCUUGGUCCUCGAAUGUCGCAACUUUUUCAUCGGACAAUUGGAAGUGGAGCUAGUUCUAAAGCUCAGCAACUUCUACAGGGGCUCCAGGCAACUGAUGAAAGCCAGCAAUUACAGUCUGUGAUUGAAAUGUGUCAGUUGUUGGUCAUGGGGAAUGAAGAAACUUUGGGAGGAUUUCCAGUCAAGAGUGUUGUGCCAGCUCUGAUAACAUUGCUGCAGAUGGAGCACAAUUUUGACAUUAUGAAUCAUGCUUGUCGAGCCUUAACCUAUAUGAUGGAAGCACUUCCCAGAUCAUCUGCUGUUGUAGUAGAUGCAAUUCCUGUUUUUUUGGAAAAGCUGCAAGUUAUUCAGUGUAUUGAUGUGGCAGAGCAGGCACUCACUGCCUUGGAGAUGUUAUCACGCAGACAUAGUAAAGCUAUUCUGCAGGCAGGAGGCUUAGCAGACUGUCUGCUGUAUCUGGAAUUUUUCAGCAUAAAUGCCCAGAGGAAUGCACUAGCUAUUGCUGCCAACUGCUGCCAGAGCAUCACUCCUGAUGAGUUUCACUUUGUUGCAGAUUCCCUGCCAUUGCUUACACAAAGACUAACCCACCAGGACAAAAAGUCAGUAGAAAGCACUUGCCUCUGUUUUGCACGCCUAGUGGACAACUUCCAACAUGAGGAGAAUCUCCUCCAGCAAGUUGCCUCUAAGGAUUUGCUCACAAAUAUUCAGCAGCUCCUAGUAGUGACUCCUCCGAUUCUGAGCUCAGGGAUGUUCAUCAUGGUGGUGCGCAUGUUUUCCCUUAUGUGCUCCAACUGUCCUACACUAGCAGUUCAACUUAUGAAGCAAAAUAUUGCAGAAACUCUUCACUUUCUUCUUUGUGGAGCCUCCAAUGGAAGUUGUCAGGAACAAAUUGACCUUGUUCCAAGAAGCCCUCAAGAACUGUACGAGCUUACAUCACUUAUCUGUGAAUUGAUGCCUUGCUUACCGAAAGAAGGAAUUUUUGCUGUUGACACCAUGCUAAAGAAAGGAAACGCACAGAACACAGAUGGUGCAAUAUGGCAAUGGCGAGAUGACAGAGGUCUUUGGCAUCCCUAUAACAGAAUUGAUAGCCGGAUAAUUGAGGCAGCUCAUCAGGUUGGUGAAGAUGAAAUAAGUCUGUCUACGCUGGGGCGUGUUUAUACAAUUGACUUUAAUUCUAUGCAGCAGAUCAAUGAGGAUACUGGAACAGCACGUGCCAUUCAGAGAAAACCUAACCCUCUAGCCAAUACCAACACUAGUGGACAUCCAGAAUCAAAGAAGGAUGAUGCUCGAGCACAGUUAAUGAAAGAAGACCCAGAACUGGCUAAAUCUUUCAUUAAAACCUUAUUUGGUGUUCUCUAUGAAGUGUACAGUUCUUCAGCUGGACCUGCAGUAAGACACAAGUGCCUUAGAGCAAUUCUUAGGAUAAUUUAUUUUGCUGAUGCUGAACUUCUGAAGGAUGUGCUGAAAAAUCAUGCAGUAUCAAGUCAUAUAGCUUCUAUGCUGUCAAGUCAAGACCUUAAGAUAGUAGUUGGAGCCCUUCAAAUGGCAGAGAUCUUAAUGCAAAAGUUACCUGAUAUUUUCAGUGUUUACUUCAGAAGAGAAGGUGUAAUGCACCAGGUGAAAAAUCUUGCGGAAUCGGAGGCUUUGCUGACAAGUCCCCCCAAAGCAUGCACUAAUGGCUCAGGAACGCUGGGUGCUACUACAACAAUAAGCACUGGAACAGCCACUGCUGCUAGCAAUGCAGCCGCAGACUUAGGCUCUCCAAGCUUACAGCACAGCAGGGAAGACUCUCUGGACCUGAGUCCACAGGGCCGAUUAAGUGAUGUUCUGAAGAGAAAAAGAUUGCCAAAACGUGGGCCCCGGCGGCCAAAGUAUUCACCUCCCAGAGAUGAUGACAAAGUAGACAAUCAAGCUAAAAGCCCUACAGCUACUCAAUCUCCUAAAUCUUCCUUCUUGGCAAGUUUGAAUCCUAAAACCUGGGGAAGAUUAAGCACACAGUCCAAUAGCAACAACAUUGAACCAGCACGUACAGCAGGUGUGAGUGGUCUGGCAAGAGCUGCCUCAAAGGACACAAUAUCCAACAACAGAGAGAAAAUUAAGGGUUGGAUUAAAGAGCAAGCCCACAAAUUUGUGGAGCGUUAUUUUAGCUCUGAGAACAUGGAUGGAAGCAACCCUGCACUAAAUGUGUUACAGAGACUUUGCACUGCAACUGAACAACUCAACCUUCAGGUGGAUGGUGGAGUUGAGUGCCUUGUAGAAAUCCGUAGUAUAGUCUCUGAGUCUGAUGUUUCUUCAUUUGAGAUCCAGCAUAGUGGGUUUAUGAAACAGCUGCUGCUUUACUUGACGUCUAAGAGUGAAAAAGAUGCUGUAUGCAGGGAUGUGAGAUUGAAAAGGUUCCUUCAUGUGUUUUUCUCUUCUCCACUUCCUGGAGAAGAACCCCUUGGAAGAUUAGAGCCAUUAGAAAAUGCACCUUUGUUGGCUUUGGUUCACAAAAUGAACAACUGUCUUAGUCAGAUGGAGCAAUUUCCAGUUAAAGUCCAUGACUUUCCAAGCGGAAAUGGAACAGGGAGCAGAGGAUCGCAAGCUUUAAAAUUUUUCAACACCCAUCAGUUAAAAUGCCAGUUGCAAAGACAUCCAGACUGUGCUAAUGUGAAACAGUGGAAAGGUGGACCUGUGAAGAUAGAUCCCCUGGCGUUGGUACAAGCCAUUGAAAGAUAUCUUGUAGUUAGAGGUUAUGGCAGAGUGAGAGAAGAUGAUGAAGAUAGUGAUGAUGAUGGAUCAGAUGAGGAAAUAGAUGAAUCUCUGGCUGCUCAGUUCUUAAAUUCAGGGAAUGUGAGGCACAGGCUUCAGUUCUACAUUGGAGAUCAUCUCCUGCCAUAUAACAUGACAGUGUAUCAAGCAGUUAGACAGUUCAGUUUGCAAGCUGAAGAGGAAAGGGAAUCAACAGAUGAUGAAAGCAACCCUUUAGGAAGAGCUGGCAUAUGGACAAAGACUCAUACCAUUUGGUACAAGCCAGUGCGAGAAGAUGAUGAUAGUAAUAAAGACUGUGUUGGUGGUAAAAGAGGAAGGGCACAAACUGCUCCUACGAAAACAUCCCCUAGAAAUGCAAAGAAGCAUGAUGAAUUGUGGCAUGAUGGGGUAUGUCCUUUGGUCUCAAAUCCUUUGGAAGUUUAUCUUAUAUCUUCGCCACCUGAAAAUAUAACUUUUGAAGAUCCUUCAUUAGAUGUUGUUAUUCUUCUGAGAGUUUUACAUGCUAUCAGUCGUUAUUGGUAUUACCUGUAUGAUAAUGCAAGCUGUAAAGAGAUUAUUCCAACAUCAGAAUUUAUCAACAGUAAACUCACUGCAAAGGCAAACAGACAACUUCAAGAUCCUUUGGUGAUAAUGACAGGAAACAUACCAACAUGGCUGACAGAGCUUGGGAAAUCAUGUCCUUUUUUCUUUCCGUUUGACACACGGCAAAUGCUAUUUUAUGUAACUGCCUUUGACCGAGAUCGAGCCAUGCAGAGACUGCUGGACACCAAUCCAGAAAUCAACCAGUCCGAUUCUCAGGAUAGCAGAGUGGCACCACGACUAGACAGGAAGAAGCGCACUGUGAACAGAGAGGAACUGUUGAAACAAGCUGAAUCGGUGAUGCAGGAUCUGGGCAGUUCAAGAGCAAUGUUGGAAAUCCAGUAUGAGAAUGAAGUUGGCACUGGUCUUGGACCCACACUGGAGUUUUAUGCACUUGUAUCUCAGGAACUACAGAGAGCAGACUUGGGCUUGUGGAGGGGUGAAGAAGUUACUCUUGCUAAUCCUAAAGGAAGCCAAGAAGGGACCAAAUAUAUUCAUAAUCUUCAAGGUCUGUUUGCACUUCCCUUCGGCAGAACAGCUAAACCUGCUCAUAUUGCUAAAGUUAAAAUGAAGUUCCGUUUUCUGGGAAAACUGAUGGCAAAAGCAAUCAUGGAUUUUAGAUUGGUGGACCUUCCCCUUGGCCUUCCUUUUUACAAAUGGAUGCUGCGACAGGAGACGUCGCUAACAUCUCAUGACUUGUUUAACAUUGAUCCUGUAGUAGCCAGAUCAGUAUACCAUCUUGAAGAAAUUGUGCGGCAAAAGAAAAGACUUGAACAGGAUAAAUCGCAGACCAAAGAAAGUCUACAGUAUGCGUUGGAAACACUGACCAUGAAUGGCUGCUCAGUAGAAGAUCUAGGGUUGGACUUCACCCUCCCAGGCUUUCCAAACAUAGAGCUGAAAAAAGGAGGGAAAGAUAUACCUGUCACCAUCCACAAUUUAGAAGAAUAUCUCAGACUGGUUAUCUUCUGGGCACUAAAUGAAGGCGUUUCCAGACAAUUUGAUUCCUUCAGAGAUGGAUUUGAAUCGGUCUUCCCCCUCAGUCACCUUCAGUACUUCUAUCCCGAGGAGCUGGAUCAGCUUCUGUGUGGUAGCAAAACAGAUACUUGGGAUGCAAAGACAUUGAUGGAAUGUUGCAGGCCAGAUCAUGGUUAUACACAUGACAGUCGUGCUGUGAAGUUCCUGUUUGAAAUUCUCAGUAGUUUUGAUAGUGAGCAGCAAAGAUUAUUUCUCCAGUUUGUGACUGGUAGCCCUAGACUGCCAGUAGGAGGCUUUCGGAGUUUGAAUCCUCCACUUACAAUUGUACGCAAGACAUUUGAGUCUACAGAAAAUCCUGAUGACUUCUUACCCUCAGUAAUGACUUGUGUAAACUAUCUCAAGUUGCCAGACUAUUCAAGUAUUGAGAUAAUGCGUGAAAAACUCUUGAUAGCUGCAAGAGAAGGGCAGCAGUCAUUCCAUCUUUCCUGAUCACAAUGAAAAAUGCAAUGUCUGCCUGUUACAGCAAAAAGAGAAUCAUGAUUCUUUUCUAAAUGUAUCAUCUGAGUCGAGGAAACGUAACGCCUCCUUGUAGAAAACGGCUUGCAGAUUAUAAACAAAGACACUAGGUUGAUACUCAUUAAAGGCCCCAUGGACUUAAAAGUGAUCAGGCCCUAAAGUUGUUGUGACAAGGUUUCUUUAGCAAGUUCUUGUUUUAAAUUAUCAUUUAUCGAUGAGUGAAGUUUAACUUGCUUUGCUGUGUGAAAUUUAAAAAGGGAUGUUUUUUCAGGCUGGAACAAUAAAUGUUGCUGUGCAGUUUAAUACUGGGCUGUGUGUAUCCAUCUAGCCAAGUCUGCAGUUUUUUCCUCCCAAAGACAACUUUGUACAUAAGUACAGAAAUUGAAAAACAUGUAUUGGCACAUCUAGUUAAGUAGACUAGUUCUGUGUACCAUCACUUGCCCCUGAUCUCCCUCCCUCAUGUAUUGUCUGAUGUGCAAUCCACAUGGCUCUCUGUGUACUCCACUCGCAACAAUUGUUACAUUUUGGACAUGGGCAUUUACUGGUCCAUGUUUUCUCAAAUUAAGAAAUAAUUUAAUUUUAUUAAAUAUAUUGUCAAUAAUUCCGCCUUUGUAAGUAGGUAGAAUCUUUCUUAUAGCUUAGUUUAAUGUAGUAGUAGGAUAUAUUGGCUACAAUCUUUACCAGAAAAUACUCUAGAACCAUUCACACAGUGAUUUAGGCAACAGCCUCUUACUGGUGGGCUAGGAUGAAAUUGAUUUUUCUUGUGUAGUUGAAAAACUCAACAACCGAUUGGUCUGGCCAAUAUUUAUGGUGUGGCCAGAGCAUUUUGAAUUGAUGUAAAGUUUUUUAUAAAGUCAAAUUAGUAUUUUCCUUCCCUGUUCAAUCCUUUCCCCUUGAUUUAAGUUUUUCCCCCUGUACGUCCUCUUCCCUAAGCCCUCCCCUAGCACCUUGCCCCCCAGCACUGGUGUGGAUCAAAACAGUUCAGCAUUUCUUUUGACACAGAUAAAACACAUGUAAGCAAUGCUCUGUCCGAUUGUUUUCUGUGCUGAUUUCUCAAAUCUGCAAUAAUUUACUUCAUCAGGUUAAUGUUUUUACCUGAAUAUAAAUAAAGUUUGCUUCACCUUUUUGUUCAUAGUUCUGUACUGUAUGCAUAAGUUCAAUUGUGUAAAUUAUUCCAAUGCAAGUAAAUCAUCUUAAUUCUCCUUGGCUAGCUAGCCACCUUGUCAUGGAUGAUUUACCAUUAAAACAAGAGUUUGCAAGA